CGCGCUCAGCAGCCCGUCUCCCGGUGCGCUCCUGCUGCUCCUCCCCGGCCCCGUUUGCCCGCCUCGCGUUAGCGUGGUACUUAUGAAGAGCUGCUGCUUCCGGCUGUAGUCCAACCCGAGCGCGUCCCUACGCGCACCGAGAGGCGGGGGCCACACCGGCGGCGGAGGAGGGCGCGCGGCACGCUUCAGUUCGGCUUCUUUUUGUUUGUGCGCUGACGGAGCGGCGCAGCAUCCCCGCGCGCCUCACGACAGGACACCGAAGGGCGGAUGAAAACAAAGCGCAGACGGAACCGGCGGACGCUCCUCGCUCUCUAACGCUGCGUGGCGCGUCGUGGAAACCAUGGAGUCCGUGGAGAAGGAGUGCGGGGCUCUGGGCGGAUUAUUUCAGGCCAUCGUCAACGACAUGAAGAGCUCGUAUCCUGUGUGGGAGGACUUCAGCGCCAAGGCCACGAAGCUUCACGCUCAGCUCAGGACCACCAUCCUGGCAGCGGUAGCCUUUCUGGACGCUUUUCAGAAAGUGGCGGACAUGGCCACCAACUCCAGAGGGGCCACCAGGGACAUCGGCUCAGCCCUGACGAGGAUGUGCAUGAGGCACCGCAGCAUAGAGGCCAAGUUACGCCACUUUUCCAACGUCCUCAUGGAAGGCCUGGUUACUCCUCUCCAAGACAGAAUAGAAGAGUGGAAGAAGACGGCGAACCAGCUGGACAAAGACCACACCAAAGAGUACAAAAGAUCUCGUCAGGAAAUCAAGAGGAAGUCAUUAGAUACCAUCAAGCUGCAGAAGAAAGCCAGAAAAGAGUUGCUAGGGAGGGGAAACCUGCGCCCCCAGCUGGACAGCGCCAUGCAGGACGUCAACGACCUGUACCUGCUGAUGGAGGAGACGGAGAAGCAGGCGGUGCGAAGGGCGCUCCUGGAGGAGAGGGGGCGUUACUGCUCAUUUAUCAGCCUGCUUCAGCCCGUCGUGAACGUGGAGAUCGCUAUGCUGGGGGAGAUAACUCACCUUCAAGCCAUCGUGGAAGACCUCACUGUUUUGACUGAAGACCCCCAUAAGCUGCCGCCCGCCAGUGAACAGGUGAUCCGGGACCUGAAAGGCUCCGAUUAUAGCUGGUCCUACCAGACCCCCCCGUCCUCCCCCAGCAGCACCACCUCCAGGAAGAGCAGCAUGUGCAGCCUGCUCCAGAUGCCCUCAGCGGGGGCCCAUCGGCUCAGCAGCGUCUCCUCCCACGACUCGGGAUUCGUCUCGCAGGACGCCAACACCCUCUCCAAGCCCCCGUCACCCAUGCCAUCUGAUAUCACCAGCCAGAAAUCAACAAGCUCAGCCUCCUCAGAGGCUUCAGAAACCUGCCAGUCUGUCAGCGAGUGCAACUCUCCCACAGCGUUUGGCUCAUGCUCAUCCUUCGGCACCUUCCGCCCUCCUGCUUUCUCUCACACCGGCACCAUCCGGCCUCUAUCUGUCAUGCUUCCUUCGUCUCCCACAUUUAACCACUCCCCCGGAUCCAACAAUCCCUCACCCACAUCAAAGGUUCCUAGCUGGAAGGACUGGGCCAAGUCGAGCUCCUGCGAGCCGUCGCUAGCCGGCACGCCGCAACGCAGGAGGGAGCCCUCGGAAAGAAUGAGGGACACCGAGGCUCCGCCCAGUCCCCAGGGUUACGCCAGGAUGCAGGCAGACGAUCCGAGCAGAGCAAGAAGUGGAAUUGUUACCACAAAGCACGGAGAGCCCCUAUCUCCAGCAGCCAGCACCCUCGCCAUGGUUCUGACCCGAGGCCUGAGCAUGGAGCAGCAGAAGAGCAGCAGAGACUCUCUGCAGUACUCCAGUGGCUACAGCAGCCAGACCAACACCCCCUCCUGCUCCGAGGACACCAUACCCUCACAAGGUUCAGAUUAUGAGUGCUACUCUCUGAACGGAGAUGCGGACGGCGAGGGACAGGCAGACUUCGACAAGUCGUCCACCAUCCCACGCCACAGCAACAUUGCCCAGAGCUACCGCCGCAUGAUCCAAACCAAGAGGCCCGCCAGCACAGCGGGUCUGCCUGCGGGGCGGAGCCUACAGGGAACUCCUAACGGUGCCGGUGGCGGCGGCUCUGGAGUCAUAUCCUCGGGGACCGCCACCAUACGUCGGACCCCGUCCACUAAAACGGGUGUGAGACGCACCCCGUCCACAUCCGGCCCCAUCCCCAUCCGGCCCCCCAUCAUUCCUGCUAAAACCCCCACAGUCCCGGACUCUCCGGGGCCCGCCAGCCCGUCCCCGCAUCACACAGGCACUGAGGAGUUCCUGUACGGCGCGGACACAUCCGUCACCGACUACAUGAAGGCUUCUCCUAAGCGAAUGAGCCUCCCUGACACAACAUGGAGCAGGGGGGGAGGAGGCGCAUCCGACAGGACAGUUUACCCCCAGCAGGCGCCUGGCAUGAGCGCCCAAAGUGCCGAGGAGGACCCUCUGCUGGCUGCCAACCGUCACAGCCUGGUGGAGAAGAUAGGGGAGCUGGCUGCCAGCGCUCACGCCCUCGGCGAGGGUCACUUCCCUUUCUCCAGCUUGUUGCCGGGGAAAUCGGCUCAGUGCGCCCCCCAGGAGCUAUCCUCUGCAACCCAGAAGGACGUGGACAUGUUGGUGACCAUUCGCCGUGGGGUAAAGCUGCGCAAGACGGUGACAGAUGAUAGGUCGGCUCCCAGAAUCCUUUGGUAGUUGGAGCGAUGUACAAACUGAAUGUUUGAAACCCAGAGCACUCGCUAAAAACAGGAAGUGGGGGGAGUGAAGGCCCGUCGAGCAAAGACUGAACCUGACCUUUGGACAAAGCUCUCCUUCUUCCUUUCGGUUGUAUUCUUUGCUUUUUGUUUUGUGGGCUUUGUUGCCGUGCACCUCUGCGUUCUGUGUUGUUUCAGCCCAGUUUAUCCUUCUGGGGGCCACACAGCGCUCUGCGUCCGUGUUCUUGCUCCGGUGGUUAUUAUUAAAUUGUGCAUUUCUGAAUCCGCACAGCGGAAAUGUGAGGCGGUGUGAGCCUCUGCGUUUGUUGUUUCUCACCAUUACUGUUCAGGCUCUGUGUUACGGUUUCGUCUGAUGAGCUGAAACCGCUGCUGGGUAGCUUCACGCUCAAAUGGAAGCGAUGAGCUGCCGUUUAUAUUGCUGUACUGUCAAUAUAUUCCACAAUUAAAACAGUCUUUUUACUUUAAA